GGCGCCAAGAAAACCAGCCACCAUCCGGCGACGCCAUGAAGCACCUUCUCCUAGCUUCCCCGCUCCCUCUCCUCGCCCACGGCUCCGCCUCCAAGCCCGCCCUCCUCCACAUCCGCCACCGCCGCUGCCACGUCCCCAGCGCCGCACCCGAUGGCAACUCCGGCGAAACCUCCACGGCCGCGUCCGAGCCCUCCACGGACACCCAGCCCAAGCCACCCUCCAGCUCCAACCCCAGCAGCGUCAAGAACCGUCUCGCCGCCAGGAACCAGGCCCGCCGGGCCCCCGAGAUGGUGUACCUGCCCCCGGUGGAGGUGAGGAUGAUGCGGGGCAAGACGAAGCCGAAGGCCUCCGAGGCGGCGGCGCCGAGGAGGGAGAAGCAGCGGAAGAAGAAGGGGUGGGACGAGAUGAGCCUGGCCGAGAAGGCCGUGGAGCUGUACGUCGGCGAGAAGGGCGCGCUCUUCUGGCUCAACAAGUUCGCCUACGCCUCCAUCUUCAUCAUGGCCGGCGCCUGGAUCCUCUUCCGCUUCGUCGGGCCCCUCACCGGCCUCUACCAGCUCGACGCGCCGCCGCUGGCGCCCACCGACGUCUUGCGCGGCUCGUAGUGAGCCUGUGGAGUGUCCAGUACCUACCUAGAUUUCUAUAGUUAAUUAGAUAGUGCAGCGGACAUGAAUGGAUCGAGGAACAGCAGGAUUGAUGAAUGAUUGCUGAGCUGCUCUUAUGUGAUUACGAACUUGCUGUAGAUGGAUGAAUUUGUUCGUCUGCACAUUUUUGGAGCU